GGCAACAAGUUGAGUCCUAGAUGUGUCGCUGUGGAAUACAAUGCGAGUUCUUAUUUUAACAUUCUUCCUCCACCACACCACCGCCAUCAAUAAAUGCUGCGACGCCGACAGUUAUCUCCGCAAAAAUAACUCCGUCUACUCGUGCGAUAAAGACGAAGACAAGAGGUUGCAAGUCUUCACGAAAAAUACGGAUUUCUUGAAGGAACGCAAUGGUGACUGUGUGGAGGCUCACCACAAUGUCACCGAGUACACAAUUCGAAAUUACACCAUCAUCGAGGAGAAGCCGAUCGCGGUUAACUUUUACCCCAAGUGUUGUCCUCUUGGCUAUUUUUACGACUCUGUUGCUCAUUCAUGUGUUUGGAGAAAAAACAUGAACGAGAGUUUCAUCAAACAAAACUUCAUUAGAGUGGGCUUGCCGCAGUGUUUGGUGAUUGUUGAUUAUAAGUUAACACCGGGGAAUUUUAGUAUGGAGUUGGGGAACUUGUACAUUGGGGAGUUGGAGAAGUUCAAGGAUGGCGAGUUUUGUAUGGAUUUGGACAGGGAUGGGGGGCUGAUUGCGAGAGGGUGUUAUGAAGAUUUUUCGAUCUGUGAUAAACACAGGUGUAUAAGGAAAUGUUGCCCAGAUGGACAGAGUUUUGUUAAUGGACCCAUUUGUAGAAAUACUUAUCACCAUGGGCUUGAUUUGAAUUUCACAGACAGAAUUGUUAAGGCAGAAGAGCCAUUUGCUGUCAUCCACAAACAGUACAGCUGCAGAAUCUACAUACUGAAGAAAAGAAUUCAGUUUUACAUAGCAACUGAUGGAACCUUUUAUGCCUUCUCAAAUAAAACGAACUCUUAUGAACGCUACACAAUCGAAGAAAAAUCCUACUGCAUCGAACAUGUGCAGAAACAGGAGCAGAAUCUCAACGGUUUCAAAUUUUUCAUGUGUUUUAAGGAUAAUCCUCCGAAAUUAAAAUUUCUUGCGGAACGUUGGGCGAAAAUAGUUUCAUGUAUUUUCCUCGUUCUCAUUAUUGCAAUUUAUUUAUUUUUCCCAGAAAUGUUGAAUUUAUUUGGAUUGAUUCUUCUCGCCUAUUGUGUAACGACUUUAUCUACUUUUAUUAUUUUUGUCUAUGUCCAGUUUGAGACGGAUCUAAGCGAUUCGACUUGUUCUAAUUUAAGUUUUGCUUCAUCGUUUUUAGUCUGGUCAUCGUUCACGUGGCUUAAUGUAAUGUGUUUUAAUAUCUGGUGGACCUUUGGGUCACCAAAAUCACUCAAGACAGCAAAAGAAAAGAAAAAUGAAUUAAAAAGAUUUUUUUUGUACAAUUUAUACGCAUGGGGUGUUCCAGCUAGUUUAACACUGAUUUCAUAUUUAUCUUCUAAAAAAUUUAAUUUACCAUAUGUCAUAAAACCGAUGCUUGGUUCAUAUAAAUGUUACUGGGAGAGAAGACCUGGAAAUUAUGGAAUGCUAAUUUUUUACAUAACUCCUUUAAUUUGUAUAGAACUGAUUAAUUUAGUGUUGUACGUGCGGACAAUGAUUUAUUGCUUGAAAGUUAGAGGAGAAAUAAAUAAAAUGAAUGCUAACAGAAUUUUGUCACAAGAAAGAAGAAAAAACUAUCAUUUGGAUAAAGAACAAUUACUCCUGAUUUUAAAAUUAAGUAUUAUCAUGGGAAUUUUUUUUGCAUUUGAAGUUAUUACGUCUAUUAUUGACUGCAGUAAAUACCCAAUUACUGAAUAUAUCGAGAUUAUUUUGGAUUUAAUUAACUGUUUCCAAGGAGUUUUUAUCUUUCUGAUAUUUGGUUGCAAGAAGAAGAUUUUUCGAUUUUACCGAAAUAAAAUAUCUACAAUCAGGAAAACUUCAGCAUCUUCUACUCCGAAUGCCACGACACAAAUGACUGAACUACUUAAUUCCAAACACGAGCUAACAUUGACCAUGCUUCGUUUAUUCUUCGUAAUAUUGACAGUACAAGCGUGCUCAAGCACACAAGAAGUCUAUCCAAAGUGUUGUGACAGUGCUAGUGUUUUAAGAAAAGUUAACUCGGUGUAUAAUUGUACCGAAGAUUUAAACCAAAGGACACAAAUUUUAACAAAUAGUACGAAUUUUAUUGAAAGUGACCAAUCCGGACGUUGCAUAGAUCUAGAAAAUUCGGUGACACUUUUUGAAAGCGUUCAAGGGAAUUUGACUAAAGUGCAAGACUUAAAUGUUGAAUUUUAUCCCAAAUGUUGUCCACUUGAUUACUUUUAUAAUAGGACAACUCAUGGUUGUGUCAAAUCUAAUCAAACAUUGGAGCCGUUCUUUGAGGGAAAGUUUGUUACAGUUGGGCUUCCCCACUGCAAAAUUAUUGUAGACGUACCUGCAAAUAAUAGUCAGAAUGUAGAACUCUUCCUUGAAGAAAACAAAAUAAAAAAAGGAUCGUAUUGUGUUGAUCACGAUCAAAAUAAGAAAUUUGUUUUAAGGAUAUGUUCCGACAAUUAUGAUGUUUGUGAAAAAAGCAGGUGUAUUAGGAAGUGUUGCCCAGAUGGGCAAAGUUUCRUCAAUGGGUCUAAGUGUUACAACACGUUUGUUCAUGGACUGGAUUUAUCGACGUUUUCUGAAAACAUAGAAAAUGUCAAUGAUGGAUUCUCGAUAGUUCACGAUGGCUACAAUUCACCCUUAUAUUCACUUAGUCCGCAAACCAUGAAGUUUUAUCUCGAUGCGAAGGGCGUGUUUCAAAUGGACGAAAUAGACGAAUUUGUUGGAAAAAUCAAAGUAACAAAAAAAUACAGAGUGGACGAAAAAAUUUACUGUAUUGAACAUGCAUUGAAAAGGACAAGAAAUAAUUAUUUAAUCUUCCGGGGAUACCCGGAGCAAAGAGUUCAGACGAAAUAUGUCUUCACCAGUAUAGCAAUGGCAAUUUCGUGCUUUUUUCUUGUUUUAACAAUUCUCUAUUACUGUUUUUCCAACGAAAAACAAACUUUAUUUGGGAAAACUUUGAUCAGUUAUUGCUUAGCAUAUCUUCUUACUUUUCUUCUCUUGAGCUAUUUUACUCUUGUCGAAUUUGCCAAAGGCCAUCAUGAAAUGAUUUGUACCGUUUUUGCUUUUCUCGUAUUGUAUACAACCCUGGCUACGUUCUUUUGGAUGAAUAUUUUGUGUAUCGAUAUCUAUUGGACUUUUGGAUCCUCUAAAUCCUUUUCGAGUCGUCAACACAGGAACAAGGAGUUGAAACGAUUUAUUUUAUACAGCUUGUACGGUUGGGGUUCUCCGUUGGUUUUAACCGCAAUCCCUUUAAUUUUUUACCAUGUGGACGUUUUACCGUCUGCACUCCAAGUGAUAAUAAGCGAAAAAAAGUGCGUUUUGUAUAGAGGAGAAGGUAAAUAUGCCCAUUUUAUGUUCUCGACGAUACCUUUAACGAUAUUGGAAAUAUGCAAUUUGACUUUAUUUAUUAAAACUGUGAUGUACUGUUUGAAAGUCAAAAGAGAAAUUAAUAAAAUGAACGACACGCAAUUGAUGAAAGGGGAAAGAAGCCAGAAAUUGAAUAAUUUUCGUGAUAGGUUUGGAUUGUUAUUGAAACUAUUUUUAAUAAUGGGAAUCUCGUUUUUGUUCGAAGUGGUGUCAGGGUUUUACGAUUUCAAGAAAAAUGAGACCACGAUUAUGAUUGAGUUAAUUUGGGAUACGUUUAACUGUCUGCAAGGACUGUUUAUUUUUCUGAUUUUUAUCGUGAAAAAGCGAAUUUUUAAAAAAUUCGGGAAAAAAGUGGGAUUGACGAAAUUGAGAAAAUUUUCUUUUGUUUCUUCAGCCGUGACUCAAACGACGUCACUUCCAACGUUGAAUAAACAAUAAUAGAUUUUUUGAGACUGGAAUUGGAGAAAUAUUUGAAAUUUCUUUCUUAUUCGAGAAUUUUAGUACAAUUAAUGGUAAAUUAUUUUCGUAUUUAAUGAAUUGUGAUCUAGUUUUAAUCCAAAGAUAUUUAUGGCUUAGAUAUAUUUUGUUAGCGUAAUAUUAAUGUGUACGAACAUCGUUCUCGUUGUUUACUUGUUUUUAUGACUUAAAUCCUGUUUCUUCGGUGUACACACUAAAUACAUAAAUACAAAAUAUAAAUAAA